AUGGGCUACAUUCGAAAUGCUUCGCCAUUGCCAACCCGCCGCAAAUCCGUCUGCCUAUAUGUUUCAGUAGCAAUCGUCACCUUCUUCCUUCUUUUCGUCUUGCUACCUCUUCCGGAGCAGCUCGAGGACCCACGCAAUAGCCUUGUCCACCAGGUGGCGGAAGCGACGAAACAUCAUCUCCCAGUAGCUACACGUCCAGGCUUGAAGUAUACUCCGUCUUCAUUGCAGACUACAAAGUCCAAGCUCGCAUAUGCCACCUUUCUGGCCAAUGAUGAUUCUGCCGAUCGUGAUGAUGGAGACAUCAACGCCGACAAGUACUUCGUAGGCACCCGCAUACUGACCUAUCAGCUACUGCAUGCACCUGAGACGAAAUCGACGCAAGACAUUCCCUUCAUAGUACUCGUCAACAAGCAUGUCUCCGAGGCCAAGAGGGAGCGACUGCGACAGGAUGGUGCAAUAGUCUGGGAACCUGAGCCCAUCGAUCCCAAGUGGUAAGCAGCGAUACAACAAUGCAAUGCUUUGCAAAGAAAACUGACACUGAACAGGAUCAAAACCGAAAUCUCGACAUGGCAGUUCGUCCUCGGCAAACUCCGCCUCUGGGAGCUCACCCAAUUCGACCGAAUCUGCUUCAUCGACGGCGACACGGUCCUCACCCGAUCCCUCGACGGCAUCUUCCAAGACCCAGCCGUCCAACUCCAACCCAACCUCGACGACUUCAGCACCAUCCGCGGCGACGAAUGGAAACAACCACCCAGCUACGUCUUCGCCGGGACCCCCGAAAUGAUGCCCCAGCACCACUACCCCCCUACACAAGCCGAACACGACUAUCCCAACGUCGACUAUCUCAACGCGGGCUUCUUCGUGCUGCACCCUUCCCUCCCCGUCCUCGAAUACUACCUCUCCCUCACCGACACCCCGGACCGCUUCGACCCCGCCCUGCCCGAGCAGAACCUCCUCAAUUACGCCCAUCGGCCCCAGGGAAACAUGCCCUGGGCACAGCUGGAUUGGAAGUGGAAUAUGCAUUACCCUACCGUGGAGGAUCUGCAAGGCGGUGUCUUCUCCCUGCAUGAGAAGUGGUGGGCGCCUGUAUCGCGGGAUCUGUCCCCGUUUCUGGAGAGUUGGAGGUGGCGGAUGGAGGGGUAUCAUGAAGGCAGGGAUGAGUCUCUGGUGAUCUAG